GCACGGAGCUGGGCACUAUCGUGCAAGUGGGUGUUGGCGAGCAGGGCACGGGGUGUUGAUGGAAAGGUGCAGGUAGGCACCGAGGUGGUGGGCUCUGGAGGUGAUGAUGGCAGAAACGAUGUUGCCCGGUGUCCACAACGAUGCAAGCAUCGUAGCAAAGUAGCUAUUGACGAUGAUGGUUCCAAG